AUGCGGUUGUGCCAACUAGGGGGAGGGAGAAGACAAGGUUAUCGCCCCAGUAUUGCUCUUAAUACAUCCUGUGGCAUAUCUCGGUUCUCAUCCCCCUUUGCCUAUGUGUUUCUGAUUCCAAAUGGCGUGAAGCUUGCUCUUCGGGACAAGCUGGGGCUAUGUGAACGUGUGACCCCUGCUUCCCCUUCUUUUUUUUUCAAUUUUGCUUUUCCCCGAGUUAUUCCCAACAUUUCUUUCUUAUCUUUGAGCUUGGUAAUUUAUCCUGGUCAGCAGCUCGGAUCCCACCGAAGCGAACGUCGAACGAUCGUUCCAAGUCCGCGCCCCAAAUACCACGAUGAAUUCCGUUUCGCCCUUCGUCUUCGCAAUUUAAUUUGA